AAACACAUUCAAAAAAAGUUUGUUUACAAAAAAAUUCCGGAUUUUAAAGUUUAAUUAAUCUCGAUGAUUAUAAGGUGAUAGCCAGUAAAAAUGACAAUUUCGGAUUACAUUAGUUCUCUAGCUGACAAUCCAUAUUUUGGAGCUGGCUCAGGAAUCUUCGCAUUAGGCCUUGGGGCUGCUAUGCUAAGGAGAGGAUCACAAGGUGCUUUAAUUCUCUUUCGUCGGCAUUUUAUGAUUACACUGGAAGUUCCAUGUCGAGACAAAUCAUAUCAAUGGCUACUUCAAUGGAUCACACAGAAAGGAGCACGUAAAACUCAACAUUUGUCAGUUGAGACUUCUUUCCAUCAAAAAGACUCGGGUCAUGUUCAAACGAAAUAUGAUUUUAUACCAAGUACUGGAACUCAUAUUAUGUUCUACGGUGGAAACUGGAUUAAAGUUGAAAGAACUCGUGAAUCACAUACACUGGAUCUUCAUAUGGGCGUACCUUGGGAAACUGUGACUUUAACAGCAUUUGGUCGUGAUAAAAAUAUUUACUUUAGAAUGUUGGAGGAAGCUCGUCAGCUAGCACUUAAGUCUACAGAAGGAAAGACAAUUAUGUAUACAGCAGAUACGAAUGAUUGGAAACCAUUUGGACAUCCAAGACAACGUCGUCCAUUAAGCAGUGUCGUUUUGGAUGAAGGAAUAUCUGAGAGAAUUUCUAAUGACUGUAAAGAAUUUAUUCAGAAUCAAAAAUGGUAUUCAGAAAGAGGAAUUCCGUAUCGACGUGGCUACUUAUUACAUGGACCGCCUGGAUGUGGCAAGUCAUCAUAUGUUACUGCUCUUGCAGGCGAAUUAGAAUAUGGCAUUUGUCUACUUAACAUGUCUAAUCGAUCAAUGGAUGAUUCACGUUUAAAUGGACUUCUAAACAUCGCUCCACAGCAAACAAUUAUCCUACUCGAGGAUAUUGAUGCAGCUUUUGUUAGUCGAGAAGAAACAGAUGAGCAAAAACUUCAAUACAGAGGACUGAAUCGAGUAACAUUGAGUGGGCUGCUUAAUGCUCUUGAUGGCGUUGCAUCAUCUGAGGGUCGUAUAGUCUUCAUGACUACGAAUUAUUUGGAUAGACUCGAUCCAGCCUUAAUUCGUCCAGGACGAGUUGAUUUGAAAGAGUUUAUUGGACAUUGUACUAGAUAUCAAUUAGAGCAGAUGUAUCGAAGGUUUUAUGAUGGACCGGAUUUGCUUGAUUUUGCGUCAAGAUUUGCUGAUAAUGUUUUGAAACAGAAUCGACCUGUAAGUCCAGCACAAAUUCAAGGAUAUUUUAUGAUACAUAAAUUAUCGGAUCAACAGAAGGUCCUAGACAACAUAGCAGACUUAUGGAAGAAUUAAAAGUAGCAAAUAAAGAAAAAACUUAGGGUUGACAGUAAAUUUUAUCAUAUUUUUAUGCAAUUUUCCAGGUGAUGCAUUUAUUCAGUUCUAGUACAGG